CCCGGGACAUGACUCGUCACUAUCCCCGCUUACCAAUGUCCUGACGCGAACCCACCUUGAAAUCACAGCAUGAAACCAGUCCUUUACCACUGGAUAUGUCCACCCUGCCCGAAUAUCGUGUCCUCAGACCUCUCGAUCCCGUCCCUGACGACGUCAACGAGUGGCCGGAUUUCGCGCUGAGAGAAGCAAAGAUAUUCUAUCAGGGAAAGGGACGCUAUGCAGACCUGCUGCACGCGUCCGAAGAAACACCUUUAUGCGUGCUGGGCGAACUGAUGCCAUUGGAUGAUGAACAUGAUGACCUUGUCUUAGUAGAGAACCCAUUAUACGCGCGAGUGAAGGUUGACAAUGUCACAAACUACAGUUUUGGACAGGAUGACGACGGCAAACCCGUCAUUUGGGCUGCUGGAAAAGCGGGCUGGUACGAAAUUUCGCCAUCAGACCGCUACCUAAGUCAUUACAACGAUACCGUGGAAGCGAUCGAUUUAUUCUAUUUCAUGGUCGACCAACACCAGAAGAUUCCGCGAAAGCGACAAAGAUUCGGUUUCAUGAUUGACCCGUUCCUCACUGAAUAUCAGAAGCACACCGGGUACAGAAUCAACGAUGACGACGAAGCCAUGGAAACCAUUCAUAAACACUAUAGAUUUCUUCUCAAGCAGAUGGUCGAAGAACGAGAAGGGAUAGACUGGUCACAGACUUACCUGUGGAAACAUUUGGCAGAGACGUAUGCAGAAGAAGUGGGGGAACUCAGGGCGAAUCUGGCUCGAGCCACCCAGACUGUUCUGUCGGAAGAGCCUCCGAUGGCUGAUAGUGAGGUGGAGGAUGCAGAUACCGCGUCGCAGGAGGAGUCGCAAGCAGAGUCUCCAGCUUCGGACAAGUCUGAGGAGAACUCCGAGACCGAGCCUGACGAGUCCACCAGUACCGAGACGGAGAUGGAAACGAAGCCUGACCCAAUCGACUGGACCAGACCUAUAUGGGAUAUGCUCAACAUUCUUCGCAAGUCAGCCAACUUCAAUAUGCGGCAUUGUGGCAUAGACGAAGCAGCAACCGAAUUAGAGAAACUGUCUGCCUUCCAGGGCACACAUGAAGAUGCUGUCGAAGCAUUCGAACGGUCUGCAGAAGAAUUACUGAGGUUGAUGAAUGAAGCGAAACUGCGGAAGAAGUUCAACUGGUCCACUCGAAGAAUUUAUGAUGAGCUAGAGGCUACUUUAGCAGACGAAGUCGCCGACGAGACCAUGAAGACACCAGGCAAGCCUGCCAAACAGCGCCAUCGCAUGAAGUCAGUCCUGCGUCCGAGCGGGGCCAGCAAGGCACACAAGCGCGCCAGAGGCGUCGCCGACACGGAGGAUGAGGACGAACAAAUGAGUGAUGUACCAAUAUCGUCUCCAGUGGCUCGGCGACAGACGCCGCCACCUCCAAGUCGAAUGCGAGAGUUAACGGCGGACUCGGCAGGGACCAGGGAAGACAGUCCUAGUCGACAGCUCAACGGCCAUUAUGACUUGCAGGGUCUACCUGAACUUCCACCUGGACCGGAGGCGCAAGAGAUGCUUGAUCUGGUCACCCAAGAAGCGAAGAGAGUCGGCAGGCAAAACCAGAUCAACCAUCUGCACUCGUUCCUGGGUAAUUGGGUGGCAUAACAGUGCAGGUGCCCGAAGCGGUGGUUGGGCUGUGGCGUAAAGGUUGGUGGGCUGGCUUGAAUUGUGUAUAGUUGUGAUACCCCCCAUGUGCUUUGACGUAUUCUUCUCUCGGCGAACAAAGAUGCCAUUAUUGUUUUCGUUG